AUGGCGGAAACACCCAGCCAUGUUCGUUCAGCACCAACACCAACACCAACGCCAGCACCAGCACCGACCAAGCGACCACGGCCCGUGAUCUCCUGUCUCGAAUGUAGAAGGAAGAAGCUCAAAUGUGAUCGGACGCAUCCAUGUCAGCAAUGUCUCAAGACUGGCCGCCCCGCGAGAUGCGAAUAUCAAGCUGGACAAGAACCGGAGCUCAACGCUGCCUACUCAGCGGCCGUGGGAAUUGCGUACAAGAGGCCGCGCUUGGAGCAGGCCCAUUUUGGGGUGGCUGACAGCGCAAGUGAUGCAAGAGACACCUUCGAGCACCCCCGAGAGCGCAGACAAGGCUUCUCACCGGCGCCAGUGCCGGUGCGACGAGGCGUUAUCGAAGACCUCCAAGAGAGGGUGGCAAGGCUGGAGCAUGCUCUCCUCUCUCAGGAUCAACGACGAAGUGGAAGUGAGGGGUCGGUAGUUAUUUCUCGCACUCCGCACGAUUCCUCGCCGUCAAGGAUCUUCGUCGAUGAAGAUGAAGCUGAAGCCGAAGCUGAACAUGGCCCUGCCGUCAGGGCUAAAAUGAAGCCGCGGUUCCCGGACGCAUGUUCAUUUCUGAAAAAAUUGCAUGACAAUUCUGGCAGCGCUGACAUGGUCAACUUGCGGACUCAGCUCCAGUGCCUCCAUCAUGCGAUUGAAACAGCUAGCCAGAAGCGUCGCAAUGUGCCAGUGUCGCUGGGAUUGUUGGCGAAUCAAGACCACCACCGACGGUUACACUUGCCUCCAUUCCACCUCUGCGAAAAACUGGCCGUUCACUACUUUGACAACCUGGAACACUGCUUUCGGAUCCUGCAUUGGCCCGAGUUUAGGGACCAACUCAAAGUCUUCUUCACGGACGGGCUCGGAGAGAAAGCCUGUAGAUUUGGAUUCAUUCCUCAACUGGUAGGCGUCCUGGCAAUCGCCGCAAGUUUCGGCACACACCCUGAAUACGACGCCGGCAUGUCGUAUCCUAUUCUUCAACGACCCAUCGCCUUAAAUUUCAUCAACGAAUUCCUCCGCGGGCUCCGAGACCGACAGAGAUACUUGCUUCCAGCAUUGCAAGUCAAGAUGCUGGUGCUGAUGUUGAAUUGGGUCGUGAUGGAUCUGAAAUUUCCAAUCGAUGACCUAUUCCGGCUCAACGGAGAGCUUGUCCGAGACGCUUUGGUGAUGAAAAUGGACCAAGACCCUUCAACCCUUCCCGGCGUGAGUGUUUUUCAAGGGGAGCUUCGGCGACGCUGUUGGAUGACCAUCAUCGAGUGCGACCUUAUGCUGUCGAUCCUAUGUAAGCUGCCCUGCCUGGUCCCGCCAUACACGGCGAAACAUCCACAAAACGUCAACGAUGAAGAGAUUUUUGAAGGGAUAGAGGCUCUUCCUCAAUCCCGACCCCUGGAGGAAUGGACCGAUGGCCUGUGCCAGUACGUACUCUCGCAGUCAUUCCCGCGUCGCCUUGCGGCGUGUAAACAGAUGGACAGCUCCAGCCCUGGCCAUGCGAAGUUUCAAGACGUGCUUCUGCACACUCGGUACCUGGAAAGAGCGCUACAGGAGCUUCCUCCGCCUCUGCGCUUCAGUUACAUGGGCGACCAAGCAAGCAAGACUCCUCCUCGGCUGAUGGCCCGGAUGGAGCUCGACAUUAGCAUCAGACGCCCCCUGAUGCAUUUGUAUUCCUGCUGCGCCUCGGCGCCCAAUGCAGAGCACAUCCAACAGGAGGCCAGGGCAGGGUUUCUGCAGUCAUGCCUGAUGCUGACAACCUUCCAGGAUCUCUUUGAUCCACAAUUUUCCGAGGUCAACGUCCCGCGACCUGAAGGUUACUGGGAUUUCUUCUACAACGUCUACAGGUACGAGCUGGGCCAGGCCAUGCUUGGCCUAUGCCUCGAGAUCAAACGGUUUACGUGCGCAGCCAGGGGACAGGGAUUGACUUCUGUAACGGAGGGAGUAGAGACCGAGUCGACUCCGGCAGGCUCAAUAUCAGCCCCAUUGAACGGGACGCCCAACCACGGUAAAGCCGCAAGAGCACCAGCUCUGCCAUACACGACAGCAAACAUGAUGGAUAGUGUCAAGGAUACGCUCGAUUCAAUGAAACGCCGGCUUCUCCAUCCUGGCGCCAGCUUCAAAGACCUCGUCUACUUCAACGUCGUCCUCACCUCGGUCUUGCCGGACCAGCCAGGCCAACCGAAAGAGAUGCUGAUGCAACAGGCCCUCCAAGGUCUGGUCCAUGAUUGCAGAGCUCAACUGGAGCAAGAACAUGUGCCGAUCCCAAGCGCCCACGAAGUCUUCACGAGGAGCCUCGAGCAAGGAAGCAACCCCUCUCAACUGUCUGAAGCCCUACUAGGCCCGAAAUUUGAUCCUACCUGGGCCGACUUUCCGGAUCUUGUCUUGCUCGACUCUCCUGGCUCAUAUGAGCUGGCUCCUCAAGAAGGCAGCUAA